GGCGGCGACCGCAUGUCCAACCUCGGCGCUGGCCUGAAGGCGCAGACUUGGGAUCUCAACACGAUGCCAAAGUUUGAGAAGUCUUUCUACAAGGAGCACCCAGAUGUGGCCGCUCGUUCCCCGGCGGCUGUCGAGCAGUUCCGUCGCGACAACCAGAUUACCGUUCAAGGCAAGGACGUUCCAAAGCCAGUCGAGACCUUCGACGAGGCCGGUUUCCCGAACUAUGUCAUGAACGAAGUCAAGCAGCAAGGCUUCGCUAAGCCAACCGCCAUUCAAUCGCAAGGCUGGCCGAUGGCCCUCUCCGGUCGCGAUGUCGUCGGUAUCGCUGAGACCGGUUCCGGCAAGACCCUGACCUACACCCUUCCCGCCAUCGUCCAUAUCAAUGCGCAGCCACUGCUUGCGCAAGGCGAUGGCCCAAUCGUCCUUAUCCUCGCUCCAACUCGUGAGCUUGCUGUACAAAUUCAAGAGGAGGUCAGCAAGUUUGGCAAGUCGUCGCGGAUUCGAAACACUUGCGUCUACGGUGGUGUGCCAAAGGGUGGACAGAUUAGAGACCUCGCUAGGGGCGUGGAAGUCUGCAUCGCCACUCCAGGUCGCCUCAUCGACAUGCUCGAGUCGGGCAAGACUAACCUUCGCCGCGUGACAUACCUGGUUCUGGACGAGGCCGAUCGUAUGCUGGAUAUGGGUUUCGAGCCACAGAUUCGCAAGAUUAUCAGCCAGAUUCGCCCGGACCGUCAGACUUGCAUGUGGUCUGCUACCUGGCCAAAGGAAGUCAAAGCUCUCGCCCGGGACUACCAGCAGGACUUCAUCCAGGUCAACAUUGGCUCGCACGAGUUGGCUGCUAACCAUCGUAUCACGCAGAUAGUCGAGGUCGUUUCAGACUUCGAGAAGCGUGACCGCAUGUCCAAGCACCUCGAGAAGAUCAUGGACGACCGCAACAACAAGAUUCUCAUCUUCACCGGCACCAAGCGCAUUGCCGACGACAUCACCCGCUUCUUGCGCCAAGACGGCUGGCCAGCGCUCUCUAUCCACGGUGACAAGCAGCAGAACGAGCGUGACUGGGUGCUCAACGAGUUCAAGACGGGUAACAGCCCCAUCAUGGUUGCUACUGACGUGGCUUCCCGUGGUAUUGACGUCAAGGACAUCACUCACGUUUUCAACUAUGACUACCCGAACAACUCGGAGGAUUACGUCCACCGUAUCGGUCGUACUGCCCGUGCUGGCCGCACUGGUACCGCCAUCACGCUUUUCACCACUGAGAACGCAAAGCAGGCCCGCGAUCUCGUCAACAUCCUUCAGGAUGCCAAGCAGCAGAUCGACCCACGCCUCGCCGAGAUGGCUCGCUAUGGUGGCGGAGGAGGUGGCGGCCGCGGCUUCGGAGGUGGUCGUGGAGGCCGUGGUGGCCGCGGCGGUUGGACCGGUGGGAAUAACGCUCCUCUCGGUGGCAACCGUCGCUGGUAG